AUGGCAUUGACUCAGAACGACCACAAGUUCCCAAAAUAUCUCUUUGGCGCUCAGGGACGAGCUCUCCGGAACAAUGUCUCUCUAGCCGGCGCAUUUGGCUUCUUACUCUUUGGCUACGAUCAGGGCUUUCUCAGUGGUUUGAUCGCCAGAGACAGCUUCCUCGAGCAGUUUGAUUACCCAUCCUCCAGCCUGUUGGGCACAAUCAGUGCCAUCUUCGAUAUCGGCUGCUUCUGCGGUGCAAUCACUGUCUUCUUCUUCGGCAGCUCUCUCGGACGCAAAAACUGCAUAUACAUUGGAGCUCUGCUGCAGUUCAUCGGGGCAAUCCUGCAAGCCGCUUCAUUCGGUGUCCCGCAGCUCAUCGUGGGCCGCAUCGUAAGCGGAUGGGGAAAUGGCUUCAACACGGCAACAACGCCUCUUUGGGUGUCUGAACUCGUGCCAGCCAAGAACCGUGGCCGGCAUAUUGCCAUUGAAGGUAACCUGAUUGCGUUUGGCAUCGUGCUUGCCUAUUACUUCAAUAUCGGCAUGUCGUAUGCCAGCGGACAGGUGCAAUGGCGGUUGGUUAUUGCGUUCCAGAUUGUCAUCAUUAUCCUCCAGGUGGCCUGGACCCUUGUGCUGCCAGAAUCUCCGCGCUGGCUGAGUGCACGCGGUCGCCAUGCCGAGGCCAGUCAUGUACUCUCGCAGAUAACUGGAAAGGGUCUCUCGGUGGAAAGCCCAGAGGUGACGGUCAUCAAGAAAGAGAUCGACGACGCCAUCGCUCUGGAGCAGGCGGAUGGGGAGUGGAAGUUCUCAGAGUGUCUUAAAGAUGGCCCCCUCAAGAUCCGCCAUCGCUUCUUGCUCGCCAUCGGCCUGCAAGCCAUGCAGCAGCUCAGUGGGAUCAAUCUUCUGGUGUACUAUGCUCCGCAUACCUUGACGACCGACAUUGGCAUGGAUUACGGGCCUUCUCUGCACGUCGGCGCAGGCCUCGGACUCACAUACUGGGUCUUUUCGUUUGUGGGCAUCUACUGCCUCGACAAGACCGGACGUCGACCACCGCUCGUCUAUGGUGCAUUAGCAUGUGCCAUCUGCUUUCUCUGCGCCGGCAUCCUGCAAAAGGACAUCACUCCCGCCCGAGCCAAAGCAUCACUCACCUUCUUCUUCCUAUACGAGGCCAUCUUUGCCAUUGGAUGGUUGCCCGUGCCCUGGAUGUAUGCGCCGGAAAUCAUGCCUCUGCGCCAUCGAACUCAUUCCGCCGCGCUUGCGGCAGCGAGCGAUUGGAUCUUCAAUUACCUCAUUGUACAGAUCUCGCCGAUUGCUAUUGAAAACAUCCGCUGGAAGACAUACAUGAUCUUCUUUGUUCUGAACGUCUUCUUUGCGUGCCUGGUCUGGCUGUUUUAUCCCGAGACGCAGGGUCGCAGCCUGGAGGAGAUUGAUGCGCUGUACAUGGGUGAUAAUGAUCGGUAUAUUGUUGUUGAUCGGCGUGGUCGACUGCUUCCUGGGUUCAGGGGACGGAUUGGGGCAUCGGAUCCAGAGACUGUGGCUGCGGUGCCAAACGGCGUGGAUGACAGUGCCAGCAGCGGUAAAUCAUCACCUUUUGCUAUUCACGACGAGACUAAGGCAUCCAGCUAG